GCAACAAAUAUUUGUUCUCUUUGGUUGAUUUUGGUUUGUGAAUUUCACGUUCGAGAGAACCAAAAUCGAUUUUCAGUUCGCAGUUCAUCUCGUUUCUCACUCUUCUCUCACUGCUCGAAUUCUCUUUCCAUUUCCCUCUGCAAAUUCACUUUCUAGGGUUUUCAUUUUGCUUUCAAUUUGCUGUUCUUGUAUUUGGAAUCAUUUAAAGCGCUGCAGAUUGAAGCUGCUAGUCGGAAACUCUAAUUUCCGGCGAGGGAAGAGCUAUGGAUGCUGAAUCGUGGACUGCUCGUCUUUCUUCUGCUUCCAAGCGCUACCAAUCUGCUCUUCUAUCACGAUCUGGUUUAGCUCAACAUUCUUCAGGUAUGUUCAUGGGGUUUGAAGAACUUGAAGGGGAUGAUGAUAUAAGGGAGGAGUUCCCAUGCCCAUUUUGCUCAGAAUUUUUUGAUAUAGUCGGAUUGUGCUGUCACAUUGAUGAAGAGCAUCCUAUUGAGGCAAGGAAUGGGGUGUGUCCAGUCUGUGACAUGAGAGUGGGAGUUGACAUGGUUGCGCAUAUAUCCCUGCAGCAUGGAAAUAUUUUCAAGAUGCAGCGUAAGAGAAAAUCUCGUAAAGGUGGCUCACACUCGACACUCUCUUUGUUGAGGAAAGAGCUUCAAGAAGGAAAUUUGCAGUCUCUCUUUGGGGGUUCUUCAGGUUUAUUUACCUCGAAUGCAGCGCCCGAUCCAUUGCUGUCAUCGUUUAUUCUACCAAUGGCUGAUGACUAUGGCAGUGUUCAACCUCACUUGUCGGCUGAACCAAACUCCAUGAAGUGUAAUUCACCAGACAAAUCAUUAGAACGGAGCAUCCCGUCGUCGCCCCUGUCCGUGCAGGACGAGGAAGAGAAAAGAAAACGCUGUGCAUUUGUUCAAGGGCUGGUAAUGUCCACCAUCCUUGAUGAUAAUUUAUGAAGAGUUGGCUGGUGCAAUAGUGGAUGUAGUGAAACUCAGUAAGGCCCUCCUUUCUUUGCUUUGUAGCUCUCAACAUACUCUAGUAUGCUUCAAAUGAGAGUGUCAAAAUAAGGUUUAGUGUAAUUUAUGUUGUUUGUAUUACCCCAAUUCUUAGGCCCGACAAGACAACACUUCCAUUUUGUGUCUUAAA